CUUAGCACCUUCUACUAUUGUUAACAACUCUACUGGUAAUGUUGCUGCGUAUGCCGAGUGUAGGAGUAUAUUUGCUGUAACACAAAGAAAUAAUUUUUCUACCUUGAAACUAAUGGCUCGCUUUCUUCCAGCUCGUCUUUUGGCCGUUCCAGUAGUUGUGGGUGCUGCAAUAGCUGAAAGCUAUGAGCACUUUAGAAAUAAUUUUUCUUUGCCCGACUUAGGAAUAGGAACUUUUCACCAGAAUGUUAAAGAUGGAACUUCUUCAAUGUUUUCUUACAUCCUUGGUAAUUUAGUUGAAAAAAACAUACCUAAAAAGAGUCCUUCUGCUUCAGAAACCGGGUCUGAGAUAUCACCAGAUCACCGGAAACCUGACGAUAUUGUGUUACCUGCAUCUUCAGAUUCAAAGGAAAAAGUUAAUAACUCAGCUGAUUCUGAAAGCAAAAAGGUUAAUGAACUUGAACAAAAAGUUUUUGAACUUAAGCAACAGUUAGAGGAUCUUAACUUUAAGCAUCAAAAAGAAUUCUUAGAAGAACGUUCGAGGUUAGAGACAAUCAUUAAGAAACUUGAAGAUGAUAACGAAAAGCUUCGAACUAGUUACUUGCUAUUGUUUAACGAAGUUGAAAGAGGAGAUCGUGCCACAAAAAACUCCCAAAAGUCUCUUGUAGAAUCGUAUUCAGAAGUUUUAGAUCUCUUGUCGAAGUAUUACAAAAGGUUUGAAAUGGCCGAUACUCUUCCCAGAGUUGUCGUUGUUGGCGAUCAAAGUUCUGGUAAAACGAGUGUUCUGGAGAUGUUAGCACAGACAAGAAUGUUUCCGCGGGGCGCGGGGGAAAUGAUGACCCGAACGCCCGUGCAGGUGACUCUUUACGAGGGCCCCUCCCGCGUCGCUUGCUUUGCCGAUUCAGACAGGAUUUUUAAUCUGACUUCAGAAGAAGAGUUAACAGAGCUUCGCAGGGAAAUCUACAACCGCAUGCAGCGCGCUGUUAAGGAGGAGGAGACGGUCAGCGCUGCCACCAUCUCUCUAUAUGUCCAGGGACCUGGUCUUCCCCGGAUGGUCCUCGUGGAUCUACCAGGAAUCAUUAAUCACGUGACUACAGGGAUGGCCGAGGGCACUAAAGAAACUAUCUGGGACAUGUCAAGGCGGCAGAUGGCCAACCCGAACGCCAUCAUUCUGUGCAUCCAAGAUGGAUCAGUAGAUGCCGAGCGCAGUAGCGUGUCUGACCUCGUCUCCUCUGUAGACCCCACCGGAAGCCGCACGGUGUUUGUUCUGACCAAGCUGGAUGUUGCUGAAGCGAAUAACAUUGGCUCCCAGCGGAUCAAGUCGGUAAUGGAAGGGAAACUCUUCCGCAUGAAUGCUUUGGGGUACUUCGCCGUGAUUGCCGGUAAGGGCAACGGGCAAGAGUCCAUUGAGGAGAUACGGCAAUACGAGGAAGAGUACUUUAGGAAUUCCCGACUGUUCCGCGAAGGCGCACUGAGUCCUCACCAGACUUCUCUGACCAAUCUUUCCCGGGCGGUUUCGAGGGAGUUCUGGAGGCUCGUAAAGGAGACGGUGGCAGACCACUUCGAACAGCUGAAGGCCGAUUUAACUAAAAAGGAAACGGAAUGGAGAAACUCUUUCAAGGGUCGCCCCAUGUCGCGGGACGAGCUGUUUCAGCUAGGAAAGCACGUAAUCUUGGAGAGCAUAGACAAGUUUAACAGCAUUGGCGCUAAAAGCUGGGAAAACAUCCUCUAUGAAAGGAUCUGGUGCGAUAUUUCCGGCCACCUUAUCGACAACAUAUACAUGCAGGCAGCUAAGCACUUUUGCCCCAAUGAGUUUAGGACUCGCGUAGAUGUUGAACUUCUCGACUGGGCUCGCCGUAGUUUGACUUCUUCCUGCAUAGCCGCCUCUAGAGACAUGUUUAUCCGGGAAUUCGAAAACUUUAUUAUGAACACAUCAGUCGACUCCUCGAACGAUCUUGAGCCUCUUUUCAAGGGUAUGAAAGAGAAAAUAGUAGCUAACCGGCGUCAGCAAGGGGCAUGGCUGACAGCUGUUUCUGACAACCUCCGAGUCAUUCAGUUAACAGCACUCGCGGACGAUGAAAUCUGUGACGAGGCUGAUUGGCGGAAUUCAUGCGUUUUCAUGGAGCAUCGGCUCACGGAGAGAAAGAAGGUAUUGGACGAGCAGUACCGCAAAUACUUUGGGCCAGAGUUUUGGGAACAGCUAUUCUACUGGCGUAGCCGAGACGAGUUGCAGGCCCGCCGAGCUGCUAUUCGGCAUGAGCUGAGAGACUAUUUUGCUACUGGACAACCCGUCGAAGAGCUGAGCAGUGACGAUAUUAUCGGCAUCCGAUCGAAUAUCACACGAGCCCGAUCACUCGAGGUUGAUGACGAAAUGAUUAAGGAAGUCUACCGCGUGCUUUUCACGAAUUACUUUUUUAAAAGUAGCAUUGCGGCCAGUCGCUUUUGCAAGAAUGCUUAUCAUUUUCAUGAUGCGGAAUUGGCUUAUGCUCCCAAUAAGUUGGAGUGUCAGGAUAUUAUCAUGUUUUGGCGGAUUCAAGAAAUGCUUAAAAUAACUUCUAAAACUUUGAGGCAGCAGAUACUAAUGCAAAAAGCUCAUCUUGAACAGGAAGUUAAAGAUGAGCUGGAGACCUAUACCCUUAGCGAUUCUGUCAAAAAAGAGUUAAUUAGAGGAAAGAGAGUAGAACUGGCGGAGGAAAUUGAAAUUGCACGCGUCAUAAAAAAUAAACUCGAAAACUUCAUUUUCCAGUUAAAAACACAGUCAUCGAACUUAAAAGAAUUGUAGUACACCUUACCCACAACUGAUCUAGGGGGCGAUCUUUUAUGAUUGACAUUAUAUUCGUAUAGA